GUGAACAUGGUUAUUGGCAUUCUGGUUUUUAACAAACUUGUAUCCAAAGAUGGAAUAACAGAUAAGAAACUGAAGGAACGGGCAGGGGCAUCUCUUUGGAGCUCCUGUGUGGUCCUACCUCUCUUGGCUCUCACCUGGAUGUCUGCAGUUCUGGCAAUCACAGAUCGGCGGUCAGCACUCUUUCAGAUACUUUUUGCCGUCUUUGACUCGUUGGAGGGCUUUGUCAUUGUUAUGGUCCAUUGCAUCCUAAGGCGGGAGGUUCAGGAUGCUGUGAAGUGCCGAGUAGUAGAUCGUCAGGAAGAGGGCAACGGAGACUCAGGGGGGUCAUUUCAGAACGGACACGCUCAGCUAAUGACCAAUUUUGAGAAGGACGUGGAUAUGGCUUGUAGAUCAGGUGAGCACAUCACAGUGCUGAAUAAAGACAUCACCACCUGUAGGACCUCAACCAUAACAGGAACACUGAAGCGUCCAUCACUACCAGAUGAAGAGAAACUGAAACUCAAUCACCAGAAGGGAUCAUCAAACUUUAACAGUCUUCCAGCCAAUGUCUCCAAGAUGCAUCUUCAGGGCUCACCACACUACCUGGGAGCCAUCAACCUGAAUGACUUCAGCAAUCACAGUCUCACUUUGAAGAAGGACAAGAACCAGCCACCUAAGUCCAUCUACAUCUGUGAUGGGGACAUCUUCAAGAAGUUGGACUCAGAACUUUCCCGAGCACAAGAGCAAACACUGGACACCAGCUAUGUCAUUCUGCCUACCAACACGUCUACCUUACGGGCCAAACCGCCCAAAGACGAGAGCAAAUACAGCAUCAAUAUUGACCAGAUGCCCCAGACACGACUCAUCCACCUCAGUAUGGCUACUGACCCAGGCUUUGUUGUCAAGAGUCCUCCACGGGAGCCUGUAACCAUGACAUGCAGUGAAGUUCAAGGUUCCCCCAUGAUACAACAACAGCAGCAACUGGCUCCACAAAAUAUCCCUAACGAGUCACAGAUUCCCAACAGCCUAUGUGACACAGGUGACUCAGGGAACUCAGGUGUGGUGUCCAAGAGUGAGACCGUCUCCACCCUCUCCAUGAGCUCCUUGGAGAGGCGGAAAUCCCGAUACGCAGAGCUAGAUUUUGAGAAAAUCAUGCACACAAGAAAACGUCACCAAGACAUGUUCCAAGACCUGAACAGAAAACUCCAGCACGCAGAGAAGGAGAAGGAAUCUCCAACAACGGACAGCAAGCAAGAAAAACAGCAGACACCAAACAAGAGACCCUGGGAAGGAAUCAGGAAAGUCCAGUCCCCACCAUCAUGGGUUAAAAAGGACAUCGAACCUGUGGCACAGUCUCCCCUAGAACUAAAAACUGUAGAGUGGGAGAAAACAGGAGCCACCAUCCCCCUGGUGGGACAAGACAUUAUUGACCUUCAGACAGAGGUCUGAGAGGAAA